CUUUUCUUCUUGGCUUUGACCUUAUUUUCCUUUCACACACACACACACUUACACUUGUCUUCAUCGUCUUCGUCUUCACCGAUUUAUCAAUUUAUACCAUCACAAACUCAUUCUUAGAAUCGUAUUGAUCAUUAUUACUAUUAUCAGUUGCUAACAUCGAAGAAAUGAACAUUUCGAAAUGGAUAUUUACGAUUUUGAUUGUUUCCCUUCUAAAACCCCAAAUCUCAAUUGGGGUUUCUGAUCUCUCGAAGGAAUUUCUCGAUUUUGCGAAGAAGGAUGAGGUUUUCGAUUGGAUGGUGGGGAUUAGGAGGAAGAUACACGAGAAUCCAGAGUUAGGUUAUGAAGAAUUCGAAACGAGUAAAGUAAUCAGGGAAGAAUUGGAUAAAUUGGGGAUUUCUUAUAAACAUCCAAUUGCAGGUACCGGUGUUGUUGGAUUCAUCGGCUCCGGCGAGCCACCGUUUGUUGGUUUAAGGGCGGAUAUGGAUGCUCUCUCCAUGCAGGAAAUGGUGGAGUGGAACCACAAGAGUAAAGUUCCUGGAAAGAUGCAUGCAUGUGGUCAUGAUGGUCAUGUCACCAUGCUUCUUGGGGCAGCCAAGAUUCUCAAAAAGCAUAGCCAUCUUUUGAAGGGAACGGUGGUUCUGGUUUUUCAACCGGCGGAGGAAGGUGGCGGAGGGGCAAAACAAGUCGUAGAUAGUGGAUCUCUCGAGAACGUGAAAGCCAUAUUUGGUUUACAUGUUUCUCCGGGGCACCCGGUUGGUCAAGUGUUCUCCCGAUCUGGUGCUAUUUUGGCUGGGAGUGGCUCUUUUGAAGCCAUCAUUACCGGAAAAGGAGGCCAUGCCGCCAUUCCUCAGCACUCGAUAGACCCUAUUUUAGCGGCAUCAAAUGUUGUCGUUAGCUUACAACAUCUUGUAUCAAGAGAAGCCGAUCCUCUUGAUUCUCAGGUCGUUACGGUUGCUAAGUUUCAUGGAGGUGGUGCUUUCAAUGUUAUCCCGGAUUCCGUCACCAUUGGCGGAACCUUUAGAGCUUUUUCUAAAGGAAGUUUCACGCAACUCAGGGAACGUAUAGAGGAGGUUAUUAUCGCGCAAGCUACCGUUCAUAGGUGUAAUGCAACCGUGGAGUUCUCCACAAAAGCGAAACCGUUCUUCCCGGCGACCAUAAAUGACAAAGGCUUGCAUGGCCACUUCCAAAAGGUUGCCGGAGACGUUCUUGGUGUCGAAAACGUCAAAGAAAUGCCGCCAUUUAUGGGAGCGGAGGACUUUUCGUUUUACCAAGAGGUUAUGCCCGGCUAUUUCUACUUUAUCGGAAUGAAAAAUGAAAAAAACGGAAAUCCCGCAUCACUUCAUUCCCCAUUUUUUGAGCUUAAUGAAGAUGUUCUUCCUUACGGUGCUGCAAUGCAGUCGGCUUUGGCUGUAACGUACCUUGAAAACCAACAUCCGGGAACUCCUGCAUCCAGGGACCGUGACGAAUUGUGAAGUGUUCUCUCGAGUCCUUGGGUUAAAUGACCUUAUAGGUUUUUUUAAAUUCACGACUUUCUGACAGGUUUUGAGAAUACGACAACUUAACUGAAGAAUGUCAAUUGUUUACACAAUAAUACGUAUAAGAGGUUGUUUAGUUGAUUUUCCAUCAAGUUCUGUAGGGAUAAAGUUGUAUGUGUGGAUUAAUCUGUUUUUAUAAAUUGAAAAAGUUUUUGU